GCAGAUCGAUUGUGGCUUCACGCACGGGAAGCAAUUCACUCCAGCUUGGCACGUUCAUCGAACUUUCCAUUUCCCUCAAAGCUGAUCACGGUCCCUUCAGCUUGCAACUUCUCUCCAUUGCACCUUCCCGAACGCCCACCAUGAAUCGUCCAGGACCUGGACCUCAACCGCUACGGGGCAUACCCGGCUUUCCGAAUCAGCAACCUCUUCCCAAUAGAACUGCGCCACUAGCGACAGGGAGAUUGCCAAACGGCAAGAUAGGAAGUGGAUCAAAUUGGGGGUUUGGAGUUCCCUUGGGAGGAGCGCCUGGUCUUCCUAAUCCUCAGUCGCGACCGACUAGCGCUGCGAUGACAACUUUUGCCCAAACACUUGGAGCCUCGCAACCUGCAACUCCUUUGGAUCUUUCCGAAUUCCCUUCUCUUUCCGGAUCGCAGCCUCAACACCAGAAUCCCUCAGCGCAAGCUGUAUGGGCAAACGCGACACAAAGAGCUUCUCAACACACUCCCGUUCAACGGCCGCAACCGCAAAGCAAUGUUCAAGCCUCCUCAUCACAGGCUCGUCAGCAGCAAACUCAACAACAAGCGCAACCGCCGCAGCAACAGCAACCGCAAUCGCAGCCAACGCAACCACAGCCGCCGCCGCAGCAGGAUGACGCACUUUCCACAGGCUCGCAACUUUCAGGUCGUCUAGAUGACUAUCGUUUUGGUGGCCAAGGCGGAAUAGGUCAACUGUCGGGUUCAAGUCAGCCGCAAACAGGAAGCAUUGAUGAAUUUCCACCACUUGGGCGGAAUGGAACCACUGAAAUUGGCCAAGAUAGGCGAGCUGGCUUGAUGCAGAAUGCGGCAUUUGGUGGUCCAGCUAGUGCCCCAGGCUUUCCCUCGAAUCCACAAGCUGCCCGAUCGCCGAUUGAUCUUCGCCAGGGACAAAAUGCGUCAUUCGAGCAGGAUAAGACGAACAACCUCAGGCAUAUGCAGAAUGGCAACAGCGCUUCGCUCUUCUCCAAUCCCCAGUCAUCGAUACAAUCACAAGUGGCUCAAAAACAGAAUGCCUUGCUCGAUCAGCAGACACGGCAGGCUCAGUCGAUUCAGCAGCAGCCACAGAGCUUUGGAAGAGAUCUUGUUGAUUCGCCAGGAUCGGCUCCAACACCGCAACGAAUGCAGCUGGUGCAGAUGAGUGAACUCGAUAGAUACGGCCUUCCGGGGCUGCUAGGGAUGAUCCGGCAUGAGAGUGAAGACCUUGCUUCUCUGACUGUUGGGCAAGACCUGACAGCGUUGGGGCUUGAUUUGAAUCAGCCAGACAACAACCCCUUAUACCACACCUUCGCUUCGCCAUUUGCAGAGGCCGGUUCAAGACCAAUUGAGCCUGAGUUCACCGUUCCGGCGUGCUAUUCUGUCCAAAACGUCCACCCACUACAAUCAAAGGUGACGAGCUUCUCCGAUGAGACAUUAUUCUACAUUUUCUAUAGCAUGCCAAAGGAUAUCAUGCAAGAAGUAGCUGCUGGCGAGCUCACCAACCGGAAUUGGAGAUAUCAUAAAGAACAAAAGCAAUGGCUUACAAAAGAUAUGAAUUAUGAGCCAGUUCCGCUUGGCCCCAAUGAAGAGCGCGGUUUCUACAUCUUCUUCGAUCCUAAUACGUGGCAAAGAACAAGACGCGAAUUUAUUCUUCAUUACGAUAGUCUCGAUUCGCGCAAUAUUCGCCCUCUAGGAAAUAUGACCAACCCCUAGCUGUGGUAUCGUUCCGACGCUUGAUAUUGCAAAGACACACACACCUCUCUAUUCCCACGGUUUUCGUUUGAUUUUUUUCAUCUGCUGCUUAAUGGAAGAUCAUGCACUCGGUCUCAGUGUGGCUUAUGGUCGUCGGAGUUUCAUUUGCGGAUUAACACUUUCGUAAGGGAAAUCGUGGAAAAUGCUUGUUUCAUAACUACUUAGUCAAACCGUGGAGCCGGGGGAAUCGCCG